CAAUGUUACAGUGAGGCUGCUUGUUCUGAGUGCAAUCAGAGAAGAGUUUCUACACAGACUUAGUUUCAUAAUGUGGAAACACUUCAGGUGAAGGAGACUUCUUUCUCUGAGAGAUAUCGAGAACAACCGCUCAAACCUGGAUUUAUUUAUUUUUGGUAGCUUCAGUUAUGACUAAUUGUCAAAAUCAACUUAAUCAUCUCCAUGGAUUUCUUAUUUCAAAGCACCUUUUCAGACAAAGGAACUGCAACAGGCCCUGAGCCCAGCAGUGAUGCUGGCAAUGCAGCACUACAACACUUCGGGCAUUAUCGCCUCCUUUCCCCUCUCUAACCAAACCACCAUGGUGCAGGAGUCUGGGGUGAAUGCUGUAUCCCAUGAUGCCACCAAUCAGUCCAAUCCCACAGGCGCCGGCGCCGGCAUCAGUAUGACUCUGGGCAUUCUAUUCAAUGUGGUGGCCCUCUUCAUUCUCGCAAAGGCUUACAACCGUUUCCGUCGCCGCUCAAAGGCCACAUUCCUGCUCUUUGCAAGCUCCCUGGUGGCUACUGACCUGGCUGGACAUGUUAUCCCCGGAGCCCUCGUGCUGAGCAGGUACUCAGACGGCAUUGCUGAUCCUGACCCCAGCAAUCCUGAUGCCUCUUGUCUGUUUCUGGGGAGUUGCAUGGUGUUCUUUGGCCUGUGCCCACUCUUCCUAGGCUGUGGCAUGGCUGCUGAGCGCUGCCUGGGCGUCACAAAGCCUCUGCUGCAUGCUCGUCUGGUGACUACAGCACGGACAAAGAUAGCACUAGCCCUGAUCUGGCUACUGGCUUUAUGCGUGGCCCUUCUACCCUUCUUCGGAUUAGGUGCGUACACCCACCAAUACCCGCGGACAUGGUGCUUUAUCAGGGUGAUGGAAAAAACUCAAGCGACUGAUUUGGCCUUUGUGAUACUGUUCUCUGGACUGGCUUUGAGCUCUCUGGCCUCAGCCUUUGUGUGCAAUACCAUCAGUGGGAUCACACUAGUGAGAGCCAGACUAAAGAAGAAGUCCAGCUCCCGACGCAGCUCGGCUAGGUCGCAUGACACUGAGAUGGUAGUCCAGCUGGUUGGCAUCAUGGUGACCUCCUGCAUCUGCUGGAGCCCUCUGCUGAUCUUUGGACUGAUGUCAGCAACACGGUCCUACAGGGAAACCCUGGGCGAUGACAUGGACACUUAUAAGAGCCUGAUGGUGACGGGGGUCAGGAUGGCAACCUGUAACCAGAUCCUGGACCCGUGGGUCUACAUUCUACUGCGACGUGCCAUCCUCAGGAAGAUCUACCGCAUCACUAAAAGGCAGGCCAGUUUCAAGACGAGCAAGUUCUACUCCGUCCGCUGGGAUGUCAACUCCUUUCAGAGCUCAGAGAAGAACAGUGUUAAAAAGAUUUAGGGGUCUUACAGAGGAAGACUGACAAAAUGGCAUCUAUCAGUUUUCAAGGGUUUCUGUCACUUGACAGCAGGAUCAGCACUGAGCCCAGGAGCCUAUCGCCUGGAUCAGACUUCAGUGUUAAAAGGUCCCAAAUGAAACUUGGCUUGUGGGAAAGAGAGCCACCUUGGUUUAUGUGUAUGAAUUAUUAUGUGUUGGGAUCCCAAGUGGUUAAAAAUAGUAUCACAGGCUGAUGAUAACCUGUUGUUAUGGUUGUUGUAUGCAUGAGCCAGUGUUACACCACAAACGGAAAAACACCCAACUCAUUAUGAACUGUUAACAGUGCUUGCAACAUGGCCUGUAUACAGGACACAUUUGCAAUGCAGUCUGUCCUCUAUGAGAGCAGAUGUACUGUAAGUUUUAAAUAUAUGUAUAUUGGUUGGAGUAUAAUGUAUUAACUUUUGCUGAAGAGAAGACUGAAUCUAGUCUUAAAGCAAACAUCUCACCACAAAAGUUUUGAUCUGUUAACUUGAUGUUCGUUUUGUUCUCUGACAUAAUGUAAAAGUCAAUGACUUGUGUAAAUGCUCGCAUGAGAGAGCAAAAGAAAAGGCUGUGCUUUUACCUCAGCUUGAAGAUGUGAAAAUUAUCCCUUGUGUGUCCGAUGUAGCGCUGCGACAUGAAUGUGAAUGUGUGUCUGUAUUGUGUGUGUCUGUGAAUGUAUCUACAGUAUUUUCCCCGAGUGUUUGGGGACUGAAGUGAAGCUAUCUGUUGCAAAAAGCUAAUUGAAUGUGAUAUUGUCAAGAAAAAGGGAAUGUAAGA